GGAUGCGCAGGCAGAGGAUGCUUCAGCCCGUUAUUCCUCAGUAUCCAGUCUCUCUCAGAGUUGGAUCUCUCAGUGUUUUUAUCGAGAAAGUGAAGGAAAACUCCAAGUGAUAUGCUACAUACAUUUAAUUUUUUGUAAAAAACGAAAUUGUACUUAAUGUCGAAUGGAAUUUCGUGGGAUCAAGGCGAGCAGAGACUGUACAAUCUCUGUCGCUGAGUGAGUAUCUAUCUCACUGUUUCUGAUUGUGCUGCUACGGAAAUGCUUGAAACUGCUGCAUGAAUGGUCGUGGGUAACACCGGGGAUUGCGGUAGCCUACAUUGCGAAGCUAUCCCCUGACUAACAGACAAUGUGCCCACUCAAGCCUGGCGCAGAACGUAUCCGAUGAAUGAUUCCUGGUUUAAUUUGCCUGUUGGGUUGUAACGAAGAUCAAUGGAGAGACCUGCGCGUCCGUGCGCCCUGGUACCUUUUUUACACUAAUGUUGUCUUAAUUUGGGUUACAUGUCCCUACUGAAAUUCCCAACUCCAAGGCUCAUACAACGUUGAUGCUGGAUAAUUCAGCAACAUUGUUGUAAAAAUGCUGAACAGCGUUUUGUUGCUCAGCGUUUUAACUGUGACCAGUUUCGCAUCGAAGACAGAGAGCCGCAAAACAUCGAAAGAAAUUUGUAAGAACCGCUGCUCCUGUGAGGAAAAGGAGAAUAUAUUGAGCAUUAACUGCGAAAACAAAGGGUUUACAACGGUGAGUCUAUUUCAGCCUCCACCGAACAAAAUCUGCCAACUCUUUCUCAAUGGAAACUUUCUUUCGAGACUUAAUCCGAACGAGUUUAUCAAUUAUGGUAAUGUCACAUCCCUUCACCUGGGAAACAACGGGUUACAGGAGAUACAGACUGGAGCUUUUACUGGACUGAGGUUUUUAAAACGACUUCAUCUCAACAACAAUAACUUGGAGAUAAUCAAGGAAGUCACCUUUGCUGGUUUAGAGAGUUUGGAGUAUUUACAGGCAGAUUAUAAUUACAUCAGCGCCAUUGAAGCAGGUGCAUUCGGCAAAUUAAAUAAACUCAAAGUGCUGAUUCUCAACGACAACCUCAUGCUGUCUCUUCCCAACAAUGUAUUUCGUUUCGUUAUGUUAACGCAUUUGGAUCUAAGGGGAAACCGGCUUAAAAUGCUGCCUUUUGCUGGUGUGCUGGAGCACAUAGGCGGCAUUAUGGAGAUCCAACUGGAGGAGAACCCGUGGAAUUGCACCUGUGAUCUGAUUCCCUUAAAAGCCUGGCUGGACACAAUCUCGGUCUUUGUAGGGGACAUCGUGUGCGAGACCCCCUUUAGACUGCAUGGAAAAGACAUUACGCAAUUGAUUAGGCAAGAUCUAUGCCCCCGACGUAAUGCUGGUGAUUCUAAUCACCGCGCAAUGCAGCCCCCUUCUGAUUCCCAAUACGACGGCCCCUCUCCCACCCUACACCCCGGUGGCACUCCAACAAAAGCCCCACGGGCCUCCCGUCCCCCUAAAAUGAGAAAUCGCCCUACACAACGGGUAACGUCUGGUAAGGACAAACAAGUGCUGGGGCCUAUAAUGGUUUAUCAGACUAGGUCCCCUGUUCCCAUGACCUGCCCUAGUAUAUGCGUCUGUACCUCCCAGAACGCAGACACUGGAUUAAAUAUCAACUGCCAGGAGAGGAAAUUGCAUAAUAUAACAGAGCUUACCCCUAAACCCUCCUAUCCAAAGAAAUUGCAUUUAACAGGGAAUUACUUACAUACCAUAUAUAGAACAGACCUAACCGAAUACAGCACACUCGAGCUCCUCCAUUUAGGAAAUAAUAGGAUAGCUGUUAUUCAGGACGGGGCCUUUGACAACCUGGCUAAUCUACGGAGACUUUACCUCAAUGGCAAUUACAUUGAAAGUCUAUCCCAAUCAUUAUUCGUAGGGCUGCAGAGCCUUCAAUAUUUAUACCUGGAGUACAAUGUCAUCAAGGACAUUUUACCACAGACGUUUAACUCAUUACAGAAUCUGCAGCUGCUGUUCCUAAACAACAAUCUACUAAGAUCCCUUCCCGACAAUAUAUUUUGGGGGACUAUGCUAACAAGACUGAACCUGAGGAACAAUCACUUCUCCCACCUGCCGGUGCGCGGUGUGCUCGACCAGCUCUCCGCAUUCAUUCAGAUCGAUCUGCAGGAGAACCCAUGGGAUUGCACAUGCGACAUCGUCGCCCUUAAAAACUGGAUGGAGCUGUCCAGCACCAGUGUCGUGGUAAAUGAAAUCACAUGUGAUUCGCCCUCCAAACACGCAGGGCGGCUGCUCAGAUCUCUGCGUAAUGACGCAAUUUGUCCCGAGCCUAACGAGGUCACAGUAGGCCUAACCAAGGCCCCAACGGUCAGUCCCAGCACCGACUCCACUCCCCCGCUUGCCGUCACGUCAACAGAAGAGCAGAUACCCGAGAUGCACGCGGAGGUGCCCCUGUCUGUUCUCAUACUGGGACUGCUCGUGGUGUUCAUUCUGUCGGUCUGCUUCGGGGCUGGUCUUUUCGUAUUCGUCCUCAAACGACGCAAAGGAAUUGAUAGCGUCCCCGCCAGUGCCAAUCAUUUAGAUAUAAACUCUUUCCACGUACAGUAUGGUUCAUAUAGCUCAGAGCCCACUGCAGAUAAAAUAGAGACACAUGUGUAUAACUACAUCCCUCCCCCCGCUAGCCAGAUGUGUCAGAACCCCAUCUACAUGCAGAAAGAUAGCGAGCAGGUGGCGUACUAUAGGAAUCUAAAAGAGCUAACUUUCAGCACCAUGGACCCGAAAAAGUCGGAGUUGCCCCCAAGCCCAUAUACCAUAAGCACAGUGGAACUCAAUGAGAAACAAUCUUGUGGCAAUCGACAGCCGGAGCUGCUUUAUCAAAACAUUGCAGAGAGAGUUAAGGAGCUUCCGACGGCUGGCGAUCAGAAUUACAGUUUCUGCACUUUACCGAAAAGACAAUUCAUUCCUCCAUUUGAAACUACUAGACGACACAAACAGGACAGGUUGAAUAAAACUGUUCUCUAUGGGACUCCACGAAAGUAUUAUGCUGAACAAUCAAAAAAUGAACACCCUUUGCUGCCUGGGAAGCUAAAAACAGAACCAGACUACCUCGAAGUUCUGGAAAAACAUACUGCAAUGAGUCAGUUGUAAGAUAUGGCCCUACUUACUAUCAUCACACGUAUUACAUCGGUAUGUAUCUAUGUAUUCCACAAAUUGACGAGUCCAACUCAAACAAAGCAACCUAAGCCUUUUUAUCUUGUUUCCAGCUGUAUUGAGUCAACGUAGCCCUUUAUGCAGACAGUUAUAUUAUAUUACUGGAGGUUUAACAUAUUUAUUAUACUUUAAAUAUAAAGACUGUAGCAGGUACCGCAAGAACUAUGUAUACUACGGCUGUGUGCAUUUUAUAUCAUAUAUUUUAUUUUCUCUGUGGAAACAAAAAUCAUUUUUAGAUGAAUAAUUGAGAAAUGACAUUCCUGUAUAUAAUAAUGAGUGUGAAACACAUGUAAAGGUUCCGUCCACAUGACGAUCCAUUUAUUCCAGAAGUGCCUUUGCACUCCGAGUAUUUUAUCUUUGCUUUCUGCAAAUGGAAAUUUGCUGUAUUUUAAGAAUCUUUAUGUACAAUUUAAUUAUUUGUCCAUUACAUUAAACAUAAGGUAUGUAUGGUAAAUAAUGUUUUGAAUAUCUAAGUGUCUUUCAAGAUGUACAAUUUAGCGAAUUGCAUAAGAUUGUAUGCUAUAGAUGAGCAAUACAAGUGCCAGAAGAGCAACAACAUUUUCACCGAAGCACUUUGUCAAGUCUGAAUUUGAGGUGAGCAUUAUUAAGAUUAUAACUGUCUGUCUUUGUGUUUGUGUGUGUUAGUUUGUGUGUGUGCUCCCAUGUGAUGAGGGGUUGGGUGCUUUGGGGGCGGUAACAUCUCUCUCUUUGAUGGAAUCUAUAGACCAAUGUGUAUUGAUGAGGAAUUUGAUGAGUACUUUUGGCACGAAUGACGAAUUUAUCGACUAAGGGCCCUCACAGGAAUACCAUUAAUUUCACACUUAUUAUUGUCUACCCAAAAGUUAGAGAGAAGCAGUGUCCACUAAAAGUGUAGUUUAUUUAUCUCAAUAUUCUGAUUAAAGGGUGAUAAAAACUACAGCUCUCCAGGAGCUUACUUGAAAGGCACAAAUUAUGAUUAGUUCUCAAAGCUCCUCAUACACAACAUGUCUUGUUUCUAAUAGUUUUAAGGAGACAAGAUUAUAUUCUGCCCUUCAGGUGACAUUUGCUUUGAGGUCUGCUGUAGACCUAUACCUUCUUCAAGCCCAAAUUGUUCUGCUGUUUUUUCACUCACUUUGUUUCCUGGCUGCUUCAAGUAGCUACUAUUGUGUCACUGUCCAUGUUGCAGAUAUUUUUCAGCUUGUGCAUUUUCAAUGGAUUCUACAGUGUGGGGACUUUUCACUUGAUUUGUUGGAUUUCACAUUGACUUUGUAAAGAGUGCACAGUGUUGUUGUUGUUUUUUAUCACAGGUUGUUAAUCACAUUGGUCAAAUAGAUUAAUGAAAUAAGUGUCUACUGAGAACCAACACAAAUUGGGAAUUGAAGUUAGCAAUAACUGGCCUUCUGAUUUGAUUGAAUCAUGGAUUUUAUGCUUAAACAUUUUCAAUACAGAACACUGACCAUGAAAAAGUUCAUUAUGUGAGUCUUGUCUUAUAAUACUGACAUUCUGCUUGUGGGUAACUAGCAGAGGCCAUUGAGUUGGUAUGAGUGAGACUGAGUGAGAGUUCUGUUCAUUCCUUCUGAAACAGAGUGAUUUUUUUUGCCUGGGCACAAUGGGCCUCUGUGUUGCUGUUUACUGGUGCUGUGGAGAAUGAGGGGUUGGACAUGUCUUGCACACCAAUGAGGCAGCUAGCUCCCACAGUCCCCACCAUACUCCUCCUCUCCUCAUAUCACAUGGGACUGGGAGGAGGAGAGAUGGUGAUGGAAUGCAAUAGCUUUACAACAGAAGCUAUCAAUCACUCUGAUCAGUUCACACCUGAAAAUAGGAUAAAAUAUUAUAAAUUGCUUCACAAUUUGAGGUUGAGUGACUAUGUUGUUUGGAACAUUUGAGUAGUUUUGUCACAAAGGAUUUCCUUCAAUCCAUGGAUCCUAUAAAGGAAACAGUUGUUAGAUAUCUUUAUUGAUCAACAGAUUGUAAUUGAUUCACUCUCCCUCUCAUUUAAUUCUAACAAUAUGGUUCCUGUUGUAGACAGGAAUGUAAACCUUGACCUUGCUAUAUUAAGGCACUAGCGGUGAACUAGAGUGAAUCAAUGGAGACGGCUUUCAGAUGCUUGCUGCUAGGGGCCUCAAUCCCAGACCUCUUCAGAAAUACUCUUGGCGAAGUUCAUGUUUAUUCAAAGGUCGGACUGUCUUUUUUCCCUCUUUGAUUUGUGAUGAGGCCCAACGAGAGUUGCCUAUGCUUGUUGUGUAUGAUACUGAAUCUCUUUGACAUGGUGGAGACUACGAGACCUGUGGGAAACAUGGAAGGUCUAUGUUCCUCCUUCCCAGUGUCCCCGGGAUUGGUUGGAGUCACAACCAAUUCACUCUCAAAGUAAUGAAGUGACAUUUUGAAACCAAUAGUAAGGUCAGGGUCUGUGACAUAUUUAAUGAACCUUAAUUUUAUUUUAUAACCUUUACAUAUUACUAUUUCAUAUUUUGGAUCAAUAUAGAUGCAUUGUUCCACAUGAACUAUCAGAUGGUAUAGUUUAUCUAAGAAAUGUUCAGAUAAAUGCUAGGCUCCUAUAUGGUAAACAGUGCUACAGGAAUAUUUGUUAUUGAUUAAAUCAAAGUAACCAAGUAAACAUCUCAAAGUACAGUUAAUUGAAAUAAUCAGCCAUAUGCUGAAAUAUGAGCCAUGUUCACAGUAUAUUCAGCUUAAUUACAAUCAUUUCAAGUGUUCAGUAGAGUCAAUAUUUCCCGCUGACAUGGUUGUGCAAAUUAUGGGGAUAUAUUAUGUGUUCUUGUCUUUGUUUCAGAGAUGAGGUUUGUGUGAGAGAGAGAGUGAGAGAGAGACUGUCUUCGUUCCUUCCACAGUCCUUUGACAAAUAUUGCACCAGUUUCAUGGCUGCUUAAUCAUUUAGACAUUAAUGAUGGGCCAUGUUAAAUGUUGACAGAAUUCCUUGAACAACUGUCGCAGGAUAAACAACCUUGUAGUCUCUGCACAAUGUACAGUCUGCUGCCUAACAGUACAAAUGUGUGCCCUGUUUGUGAUCUAUGAACACCGACGUGGCAAUGGUUUAAAACACAGCCGCAACCUCUCUGUUAAACACCCCGCAUGAACAGUGAAGGCUGUUGGACUCACAGCCAUGACGAAGAUCAAUGGGCUGCUUACCCCCAUUUUUCUGUAUGGUUGAGGGAUAAUCCUAGUGCAAACAGCAGCCGGCCCACAGCUGUGUGUUAAAGGAAUGGUGACAGACUGCAGACUUCUCCAAAGGUUAACUCAAGCCAAAUCUGACCUUGUGUCCACUUUCUCUGGAACACAACACAUUGAUCUUAUUAGAAAAAAAAGAAGAGCAAUUGAAGUGAAACUCCUUCCAAGUGAAUAUGAUAAAUGAGAAGGGCCAAAUCUACACUAGCUAGCAUUCACUUUUGUGUUGUUCUUUCAUAUGAGAUUACAUGUAGUACAGAGUUCAGAGGAACUGUGGAGGGGUAAUGAGGAGAUCUGAAUUGUUCUCUGGUGAAUUUAUGAAUGUGUUAUUUCAGUGGAGAUUGACCCAUGCAUGUGUGAGUGAGAAACAACAAAACCAUCUUGAACCACCCUUCCACUGCUCAGCCCCAUAUUAUGCUGAGUUUUCAAUGACCUCGGUUUAAAACACUUCUCCACAUGAGACAAUAUUAAUAAGCCUUUCCUGUUCAAUUGCCUGCCAUAAAAUGUUAUCACUGCAGUCAUUAUUUGGCACUUGAAGUGUGAAGCGGCUACACAGUAAGCCAAUGUCCCAGGGAAGACUUUAUUGGUUUGUGUAACAAGGCAUGGCAAGUGGCUCCUCUAGAAUCAAAUCAGCUCCUUCUCCCACUGGUUAGCAGUCCUACCAUAUAACCCUCACACAAUGUAGCAUUCAUGUCUACCAUGGCCCCAGACAUUUUUCCAGGAAGUGCAUGGAGGACUUUCUCCCAGCAACAUGGAAAAGUCUAUUUUUUACCCCCAAGAAUGCAAUGGAAAUCAAUAACUCAGUUGUGAGACCAAUAUAACUCUAAUGGCUCUGUAAAUGGAGCAUAUUAUAUAGAAUAUGCAACAAUGAAUGGAAAAGGCAUCUGAUUUGUUAACUUCAUACCUCAACCAUACCUAUAUUUCCAACAUAUUUUUUAAAUUCAUAGAUUUGUAUUGUUUCGUAUUCACAUGCAGUACAUGACGCAACCUGACGUUUGUUAUACAAUACUGUAUAUUGAUAUCAAUCCAUAUUUCUGGUAAAUUACUAAUAAAAUGUUGAAUUAAUAAUAUAGCCCGGGUGUUUAUAACAGAUGUGAUAGCAGUGCCUUUGGGAAC